UUAAUGUUUAUUUCUCACCUGCAGAUGUCUUUCCACGGAGGCUUCUCUGAAUUGAUAGUCUUCGACAUAUGGAGAGUCGAUACAAUGUCCGGUAUGAUCUGGUCCGCCCUAGCUGUGUUCACCCUGGCGCUGAUCUACGAAGGCUUGAAGAUUUGGCAAGAGAAUUUACUCAUGCAAGCGCAGAAGGCGUGUGUGCGCUAUACAGCAUAUGCACGAACCUCGAAAGAUCGGACCGUAUACUCAGAAACGCGGAGUCACGGAUCCUGCUGCUCGGGGCGGCUGUUCAGCGUGGUGCACGUGUUGCAGACACUGCUGCAUCUGAUACAAGUCAUCUGUAGUUAUUUUCUCAUGCUCGUCGUGAUGACGUAUAAUGCGUGGCUGUGCACGGGCGUUGUCCUUGGAGCAACCUUGGGCUUCUUUGUCUUCGGCUGGAAGAGAAAGGUCAUCGUCGACUCGAGCGACAUCUGUCACUGAAUGCACCAUAUUCUAGAUUACACGAGGCUCGUACAGGUCCUAGAAAACCAAGAAAAUUCCUGGAGAUUUUACUACGCCGCUUUCUAGAUCUUUGGGGGGUCUCACAACUUGAGUAGGUCUAUGGGUCUAUGCUAUAUGGUUCUGGAAUAUAGGCAAUGAUCGUAGCAAAUCCUUGCACACUAUAUUACGGCACUGUAUCGAGAUGUGCAACUAUUUCCCUUGUUCCCGCUGUCUCCGCCAGGGUUUGGAAUGAUACUAUUAUUUUACUCAAUGAAGCAGGAAAAGGGAAUAAUUAAAGCAAAGUAACGUGUUUUUGUAGCGUAUGCGACAUUUCAAGUUUGAAGGAAUAUGAUUAUAUAUGCUACAUUAAACUACAAAUAUAAUGUUGUUUUUUUAAUUUUAUCUACGUGCAAUGUUUUACUACAACCUAAACAUAAUUGGACAAUUGUGAAUCUAUGCGUUGUAGUUUCCUAUAGACUUCCGUCAAGGUUAUAACUUUAUGCAUUUAUUAGUAUACGUUUGUCUGUCUCUCACGUUAUUCCCUUCGAAAUUUGUUAUUUCAUACUUGUGAUGUCGAUAGCCCACUAUGUCGAUGUUGAAUUCACUGCUAAAAACUUUUGUAUAACCUACGUAUAUACCGUUUUGCUGCAAUUCAAUCCAGCUGCAUUUGAUCAUAAAUGUUACUUUAACUCGCGACUCUAGGUUUUGGUCAAUAUGAACUCUUCGCCUUGGUUCCACAUCCUUGCGGCACUACAACAGCAGCUAAGAUAGGAUAAUAUAGAUGUGUAACCACAUGGCGGCACAGUAAUUCAACAUAGGGGGGCCUAAAUCGUUGAAUAUAUCUGUGUUUAAUCGUUUUUUAACUAAUGUGAUAGUUUGCAUCUUAUUGGUUUUAACAUGAAAUAAUUAUAACUGAAAUAAACGAAGCCAAGCGCUUUAUAUUAUAAAAUUC